GUGUUUAGUGUUCUGCAAAUAAUUUUUUUGUUUAAAUUUUUUCGUAAUUAAAUUACGAAAUUACUCGCCAGCAAAGAGUUAAUCCGCUUUUCCUUCUUUCAAAAAGCACAAAGCAAUAUUCAUUUGAAAUUAUUUGUGCUAUAAUAUAAGUAGUAUUCUAAUAAUCAUGACUUCUGCUCUUUAUUUGGAGCAUUACCUGGAUAGUUUAGAACAUUUACCAAUCGAACUGCAGAGGAAUUUCACAUUGAUGAGAGAUUUAGAUUCUCGAGCCCAAGCACUUCUUAAAAGCAUUGAUACUCAAGCUGAUGAGUAUCUUAAGAAUCAAAACUCAUAUUCUGCGGAGGAAAAAAAAGAAAGACUGGACAAGAUUCAAGGUUUAUUCAACAAAUCUAAGGAAUAUGGAGAUGAUAAAGUGCAACUAGCCAUACAAACUUAUGAACUUGUAGAUAAACAUAUAAGAAGAUUAGAUAGUGAUUUGGCCAGAUUUGAAUCCGAAAUUCAAGAUAAAGCACUUAGUUCUAGGAAUGAAGAGCAGGCCGCUGGUAAAAAAGGUAGAAAAAAAAUCAAAGAUAAAGUUGACAAGAAGAAGAGAUCUGGUAAUUCUAGUGAAGAGGACUCAGCAGGAACUAUACGGGGAAGCAAGAAGAAGAAACAGAAAAUUUCUGGUAGUACUAGCAAUGGUACAAAUAGUACAGGUAGUGGAGCAAAAGCUACCUCAGGUGAGGUUUUGGAUGCUGUAGCUGGAUUACCUGGCUUGGCAGGAAUAGCUCAUCCCAGUGACGUGCUUGACAUGCCUGUUGAUCCCAAUGAACCUACAUACUGUUUGUGUCAUCAAGUGUCAUAUGGAGAGAUGAUAGGUUGUGAUAAUCCUGAUUGUCCAAUCGAAUGGUUUCAUUUUGCUUGUGUGGGUCUAACUACAAAACCUAAAGGUAAAUGGUUCUGUCCAAAAUGCAAUACAGAUCGAAAAAAGAAGUAAAAUGUAUUGCUCAUAUGUGCAGUCCCUGUUUGUAAAUAUGUAUUUAUUAAUUUUUUUUAAUUGAAAAUAUGUUACAUGUUGUUUUAUAAUUCUGUUCAAUCUUAUAUUAUGAUUUUAUUGAAUAGCAAUUUGGUAAUGAAAUAAUAUUGGAUGCCCUUAUGUAAACAACUUUUAUAAAGAGAUGACUUUGUUAUAAACUUGUAAUAAAUGAGUAUUUAGGCUAAA